GAGUGGUUUGUUAGAAGGACUGUAGUUGUAGAGAAAGUCACUUGUCUGUGGGGACAGAAUGGAGCAUACCUUGUUCUGUUUGCUACUAUUGCUGAGUACACACAUCUACUCUGGACACUCUGAAGAUGAUGAUGGACAGGCAAAGGCUGUUCUGACCAAACACCCCAAAUCCUCCCAGAUAUUCAGUGGAGAAUCUGUCACUCUCAGAUGUAACAUACAAAGGGGAAAAGUCACUGACUGGAAAUACACAUGGCGCAAGGAUGGUGUGGACUUCCUUAGUAGGAAGCAUAAAUAUGAGAUCAGUGGGGAUAAUAUUUCAGACAGUGCUGACUACAGGUGUCUGGGUACACAUAUUGGUAAUGGGACGCAUUCUGAGUGGAGUGAUGCAGUCAGACUGACAGUGACAGCUCUGCCUACAGCCUCAGUGAAGAUGGUCACUACCCAGGAGACACUGUAUUCUGGAGACACUGUCAAGCUGCAGUGUGACAUAUCAAACUACACAGACUGGAUGUACCACUGGUUAAUAAAUAAAGAACGGCUUUCUAGUCAGACCAGUAAAACCACCACUAUCUCUCUCUCUGAUCAGGGUGGUCAGUACCAGUGUCAGGGUACAAGGACAAGACGGCCCAGAAAUUCAUAUUUCAGCUCAUCUCUCAACAUUAGCGUCACUAGCGUAACUCCUGGACCCUCUACAUCAGUCCUAGUAGGAGUGGUUGUGGGCCUGAUUGUUGCUGGUGUUCUACUGGCCAUAUUCCUGGAACUGCUGUGUACAUAUAAAAAAGCCAAAGAUUCCUGUUGCAACAGAAUAUUCUCGCCCCACCAGCUCCAGAGGACCAACAUGGACCCCCAACAGGACCAAGGAUCUACCCAGGGCCAGGCUCCUGAUGCCGGGUAUACAAGUCUGCAGCAUGGUGGCGCUAACAUCUAUGAUACAAUCACACCCUCAGACAAUAACGACAAUGAUGCUGGUGCUGCUACUGCUGGAUCAAGUGAGGUGACGUACACACAGAUUCAUCCCAAAACGUUGGACAAGAAAAAAAUGCCAGCUGAUCCAAAAGAAAAUCCAGUCUAUUCUGAGAUCAAGGCAAGGAAGACCACAGCAGCAACUGGACCUGUUGAUGUGACCUAUGCUGAGGUUGACCUUAAACGGAAGGCCAAAGCCAAGAAGAAGAAAGAAACAGCAACCCCACCUGAGGCAGAUUCGGUCUAUACUCAAUUGAAGUCAGGUACAGCCCCAGGUACCUGAGGGGGUCAGGGAUGGAGGGAUGGAGAGAUGAAAGGAUGGCAGGUUGGAGGGAUGGAAGGAAGGACACACCAUUAGAGGAGGAGCAGAAGCAGAAGGAAACUGGAACAUGGAUUCUGCGCUUUCAAUGCACACAAGCAAACAAACACAUGUACAAACACACACACAAUAACACCUUGUACAUUAAGGAGUUCUUACUUAUUUUAUUUACCAACAGAUAUAUUAUUUAAAAACCUCUCUGGGAUAUGUGGGGCGCUAGCGUCCCACUUGGCCAAAAGCUUGAGAAAUUGCAGAGCACCAAAUUCAAAUCAAUUCCUAUAAAAAUCUAACUUUCAUGAAAUCACACACGUAAGAUACCAAAUUAAAGCUACACGUGUUGUGAAUCCAGCCAACACGUCAGAUUUCAAAAAGGCUUUUCAGCAAAAGCAAACAAUGCUAUUUUCUGUGCACUGAUAGUCAACAAAAGAGAGAGAACAUUUCAACCCUGCAGGCGCAACACAAAACGCAGAAAUAAAAAUAUAAAUCAUGCCUUACCUUUGACGAGCUUCUUCUGUUGGCACUCCAAUAUGUCCCAAAAACAUCACAAAUGGUCCUUUUGUUCGAUCCUUAAAAAUACCUGUUCCAACUUGCGCAACGUGACGACAAAAUAUCUCAAAAGUUACCUGUAAACUUUGUCAAAACAUUUCAAAAUACUUUUGUAAUACAACUUUAUGUAUUUUUAAUGUAAAUAAUCAAUAAAAUUGAAGACAGGGUGAUCGGUGUUCAAUACAGGAAGACAACAAACUCAAGCAUGCUUUCUGGUCUUGCGCCUGUGUCAAAAAAUAGACAUGACGUGACACUUGUUCAAGAUGGCCGUACUUCUUCAUUACACAAAGGAAUUAACCUCGACCAAUUUCUAAAUACUGGUGACAUCCAGUGGAAGGGGUAGGAACUGCAAGCAAGUCCCUUAGAAAUCUGGAAUCCCAAUGAAAGUCCAUUGAAAAAAGGGUGACCUCAAAGUAAAAUUCGUAUUUGGUUUGUCAAAUCAAAAUCAAAUUUAUUUAUAUAGCCCUUCGUACAUCAGCUGAUAUCUCAAAGUGCUGUACAGAAACCCAGCCUAAAACCCCAAACAGCAAGCAAUGCAGGUGUAGAAGCACGGUGGCUAGGAAAAACUCCCUAGAAAAGCCAAAACCUAGGAAGAAACCUAGAGAGGAACCAGGCUAUGUGGGGUGGCCAGUCCUCUUCUGGCUGUGCCGGGUAGAGAUUAUAACAGAACAUGGCCAAGAUGUUCAAAUGUUCAUAAAUGACCAGCAUGGUCGAAUAAUAAUAAGGCAGAACAGUUGAAACUGGAGCAGCAGCACGGCCAGGUGGACUGGGGACAGCAAGGAGUCAUCAUGUCAAGUAGUCCUGGGGCAUGGUCCUAGGGCUCAGGUCAGUUGAAACUGGAGCAGCAGCACGGCCAGGUGGACUGGGGACAGCAAGGAGUCAUCAUGUCAGGUAGUCCUGGGGCAUGGUCCUAGGGCUCAGGUCCUCCGAGAGAGAGAAGGAGAGAAUUAGAGAACGCACACUUAGAUUCACACAGGACACCGAAUUG